UUUGGUAUUCCCAUAAAGGCUGUUGUUGUACGCUCUCUAUUAAAAACAUGGUUGAGGCGGAGAGAGGUCGGGCAAACCGAAGAAGAAUUAUGGAUAUUAAAUUUAGUUUUAGAAGGAAAAAGAAGAUUCGAUUGGAUGGUUCUGAUACUGGUAAUAAUGUGCAACAAUCGAACGAUAUUGGCCAAAGCUCGUCGUCACGACAAAGUUUCGGUGUAUUACCUCGCAUUGGGAGGGAAGAAGCACCAAGGAGUAUUUUUUCACGGUUGUUGCUAUUCAGGCGCAAAAAGGGCAAGGCGCAAAGUGCUUGCAAUUCAAGCCCUACCGCACAGGAUAAAGUUACAAAUACGUAUUUCGUCUCUAAAGAUGAAAAUAAUCAAGCUUCGUCACAUAACGAGGAAAUUGUUUACAAUGAUGGAAGUGACCAAAUUUACAAUCAACUGGCCUAUCACAAAACCACCUCUUUAUCAAGUCCUAACUUAGUUUGUUUGAAAAGGCUUUCAAUAGACAGUCUUCGGGAAACAGAAACACUUGGUGUCCACAACAAACACGGUUCAUUUCGUCGAUCUAGAGCUUCUUUGGUUUUCCCAGUCUCUGAGGUGCAAAAUUCGUUCAUGAAAUUUGAUUGUUUAGAACAGUCUUCUUCAAAGAGAGACAUACUGCAAGCAACUGAUUUGGACCUAGAUGUAGUUUGCCAUUCUAAUGAUAUCUUAUCGAGCAGCGUUCCAUCAGCAAAAAGUGUUGAGUCAAGGCAAUACAUUAAGUUGAGAGAGAAUACUAAAACUGUCGAGUCCUUUGUGAGAACAAACGAUGGUCGUUCACCCCAUCCUGGAAAGAGAAAUCUGAAUCGAUUGCAUACAUUUUCAUCUCCUAACGUGUUUAAAGAGAAUCCAAGUCUUCCUCUGGCCUAUGAUGGACACUGUUUCUCAACUGUAUGCAAUUUUCAAGAUCUGGACAAUCAAAUUCAUGGCAUCCACGAACGUUCUUCAAGCAAUAUUAAUGUUAAUUCAAGACAGAAAUAUGUUUAUAGUCGAGAUGUAACCAAAAAAUCUAGUUUUGCUCAAACCAAGGAUAGAAAAGAUAUCAACCCUGAAAACAAAAGACUUGGAAGAUUCGUUAGCUGCCCAUAUAUGCUAGAGGUAGAUCGGUCACAGACUGAAGUUGCUCCAAACAUCCCAUUUCAUGAUCAACGUACAGUACCUUACUCUUCUCACAGACGACCUUAUUCUGUUCAUGAAAGCGUCUCAUCAUUAGAUUUUCUUGAAGAUAGUCAAAGGCGAGGAAGUGAGGCACAGAAUGAUAAUGGUAAUGGUGAUGAUGACAGUGACCAGGACUCUGCUCCAGAGGACCAAUUAAGCUUGCCUUCAAAGGACCUGCCGUUGGCUUUUGGUGAAGCAUUGUGGGACUACACUGGUGAAAAAAAGUCUGAAUUGAGUUUCAGAGCAGAGGAGACUAUUGCAGUGUAUUUCAUGAGCAAGAAACGUUGGUGGUGGGGCACUGCUGGGAAUGGCAAAGGGUGGUUUCCAGCUUCAAAUGUUAGAUUAAGGAUUGAUCAAGAAUCUUCAGUACUUGAACCAAAGGCUAAUCAUAACACAAUAUCAGUCUUGGGAAUACAAGCAACCAUGCGAAGCAAAGGUGAAGUGAGAUCAAAAUGUAUCAAUGAGCUCUUAACUACAGAAAAAGAUUAUGUGAAAACACUCAAAGAUGUAACUGAGGGAUACUUGAUACAGUCACGCAAGCGUCCAGACCUCUUUAGCCAAGAUGACAUCGCCAUUAUUUUCUGCAAUAUUGAGGAUAUUCUCAAGCUGCACGAAGAGUUUUUCGAAAAGCUUCGAAGACGAGUUAAUAAGAGAGAUCUUUUUAAAACUGAGAUUGGAGAUCUUUUUAUCUCGCAUAAAAACGAUUUCGAUCUUUAUUCUGAAUAUUGCAACAAUCAUCCCAAUGCUAAUAUUCGCUUGCAUGGACUUCAGAGAGAGAAAAGAUACAAAUUGUUUUUUGAGUCUUGUAGAUUGAUACAGCAAAUGAUCCCAUUGUCAAUUGACGCUUUCCUGCUCACUCCGGUACAAAAGAUAUGCAAGUACCCUUUGCAACUCAAUGAACUACUGAAGCACACCCCCGUAGAACACCCAGACUAUGGCCAUCUACAGCUAGCAGUACACGAAAUGAAGGAGGUUGCAUCUUUAAUAAACGAAAGGAAAAAGAAAUUUGAAGAUUUGAACAGCAUUGCUGAGUGGCAGCUGAGUGUUGAAGCUUGGCAGGGCGAUGAUGUUCUGGAAGUGAGCUGUGAAAAGGUCAAGACUGGUGUUGUAGAAAGCCUUUUUGGUGGAAAAAGAGAGAAUAUUUUCCUGAGUUUGUUUGAUUAUCUUCUUGUUUUAUGCAAAGUGGAUUUAUCGAAGAAGCAGCGACAGUUAGUUUAUUACAGUAGAUUCGACUUAGAUGAUGCUCGGGUGGAUAUCGUUGGUGACGUAGCAGGACAAAAGUCAUCCAACGUCAUCAGAGUGACCAGCCUGGCAAGCAAUAACACAUUCUGGUUUAGCGCCGGCAGCAAAGUUGAGUUGGAUAGUUGGCACGAUGCUUUCAAACGAGAAAGGAGAAUAGUUGAAUCUAUGACACAAAGUGGAACUACCGUUCCAAUGUCUAUUCGGCGGGCGGCAAUGGCUUCAGCAAGGUCUAAAAACAAAUUAGAAAUGACAAAAGGUCACAGGAGGAGAAAAUCUCUAACGGAUCCAUUCCAGGAUUUUGGAACAGGUGCAAUUAGAAGGAGCCUGAGGCUAAGGCGAACGCAGUCUCUCAGAGAUAGAAAAUUCUUUAACUGAUUAAUUCUAUUAAAGCUGAUAGGUUAACCCCAAAUUUAAAGGUUAACCCCAAUGUAAUAUAUUGAAGAUAAUAUUUUAUAAAUUUGUAUUAUAGUCUGUAUUUAGCAAGCUCUUAGUAAAAAACAAAACGGCCGUAUUUCUGGCAUUGUAUACAUGAUUCGCAGUAGUGCUGAUUUUUUUAUUUUCAUGUGAAAACUUUAUUUUAUUUUCAUGGUUUCUAUGUAGCAGUUUAUAAAUUUUAAUAUUUGAUAUUUUUAUGCGGUAUUUUUGUACUUUAUAGAAACGUUGAAUUUAAGAACAAGCAUUCGCAGGGGUAGAUUUUUCAAAGAUAUCUUUAUUAGCUUCUAAUUUUCUUUAAUUUAUUUAUCUUGGUCAAUUAUUUUGAAUACAUCGUAUUCCUAUCUAAAAUGUAUAGCUGAACCUCGAGCUCGAAAAAGUUGCUAGAAUGAGAUCUGUUGACAUUCACUUACAGGAAGAAAUAAAAUCCCAAUCUCUUAACAAAUUCUGACUUCAUUUCAUUGCACAAGUCAUUUUUGCCAAUCUAUUUCUCGUAGUAUCUAAAAUAUUCCUUAGUUUUUUUAUUUAAUUUAUAAUAGGACAGUGUUGUAAUAAAUCUUUAAAUUAUGAUCAUAUUUUCAACCAUAUGCUAUUAUAUACUAUCCUCGUCCUGAUGUAUUUUUCACUGAAAUGAAUGGUUUUGGCAGUGUGUUCAUUUAGGAGGAUCAAAUGUAUGGUGGAACCAGUAGAAUUAAUUAGCUAUAAUAAAUGGCUGCCAUGUUGCUCCUUCAUAUUGUCACAGUGAUGUUCUGAUCUGGGUAUUAAGAGGUGGCAUUGAAAAGCAGAGGUGGAGAAAAUGUGUGGAAGACGCGAAACAGCUUCGCAGGAAGCUCAGUUGUCCAGAAGGAAGAAAAAGAGGAAGGAAAGAGAAAAGCAGAAAGAAGAAGAUAAGAGGAGGAAAGAAAAAGAGGGAA